GCCUCCUCCAGCGCCGCUGCCAGCGCCGACGCCAGCACCGACGCCUGCGCCAGCUGGUACCAGCGCCAGCGCCUGCAUCAGCACAGACGCCAGCACCAACGACAGCGCCUACACCAGCACCUGCGCGUGCGCCCACGCCAGCACUGACGCCGGAAUCAACGCUUGCGCCUUCGCUGGCACCUACGCCGCCACCACCCACAUGGGCUACAACAUGUUACCCCCGAUCAGACUCGCCACGACCUUUGCUAUGACGCUCGCCGCACUGGGGGCCUCGUGAUGUCACGGAAUACCCGCCUGGACGUGUCACGGUUUCCGCCCUCGCCUUGUCGCAACGCUCGCCGGCUUACGUCGAAGCGCACGCCUUGAGCAACACGACGGGCGCCACGAGCAGCACAGCCCCGUGAGCAGUGCGGCUGCGUCAUGCAGAACGGCGUCAGCAGCAACUUGGGGACUUACAACGCGAUUCUGGCACCCAGUCGGGGUACGACGACGGAACACUGGGACUCCGACCAACGGGACCGAGCAGAUGGGCCCCACUGCAGGCCAGCCCUGCACCCGCCAGUGCAGCCACCAGCGCAGCCCAGGAUGCGACGACCUCCACGAGCUCGACGAGUGGCUCCGGUACCAGCGGCAUGAGCACGACGAUCAGCAGCUCCAGGACUAUCACAACCACCACGAGUUCGACGAGUGCGAACGCGAGAUCGACGAGUGGCUCCGGCACCAGAGCCGGCACGACGACACUGAGCGUCACGAGCAUGACGGCUAGCAUCUACCCGGCGCCCUGCCCGGUGCCGUACCCGACGCCCUUCCCGACGCCCCACCCGUCGCCCUACCCGACGCCCUACCCGACGUUUUUUGGGGAUGCCAGCCCAUCCUCCUGAAUCGGCUGUCCACGACGACCAGCAACUCCAGGAUAUGGAUCCGACGGCCACCACCUGGAUCCCACUGUGUGGCGGCAUCCUUGUUUCGGAAUCUUGGCUCGCUGGCUUUGCAUGUUGUUCAGACCGUUACGAGUGACCAGCACCGUGUGGCGGUAUCCUUGCUUCUGGCCAGACUGACGCACCCACCCCGUCGCAGUACCCCGACAUCCAGUAGAGGACGAGUACAUGCACACCGUGACGGGUACCAGCAUCAUUGCAGCCGCACAGUCAGACAGCCAUCGCCGCCUCAGCAGCAGGAGGACGACCAGGGCACUCAAUCGGGUGUCCCGGGCCUGGGGUGGGGUGCCUGCUGGCUCUGGUGUUCCGGGUGGGAGUGUGGGGGGGCCGUCUUUCUGUUUCCUGCAGGCUUCCUUGCCCUCAGGACCAUACUCCGCUCAGGAAUCUUUCACUUCGGAGUCGGGCGCUCCCACGUCGACCAGUACCAGCGGCUCAACAUCACCAGGCGGCACGGCCACGACGCCCAGCAGUUGCGGGGCUACACUGGCCACCAGGUGUUCGACGAGUGGCUCCGGUGCCAGCGCCACGACGACGCUUGGCGACACGACCUCGAAGGCCAGAUCAAGGGUUACGACGGCCACCACGAUUUCGGCGACUGGCUCCAGUACCAUCGGCACGCUGACGCUGAACGCUAUGAUCCUCAAGGCCGACUCCUACGUGAUUCCCUGAGGCUUCCUCGUCUUUUCGCGUCGGUCGGCGCUGCUGCUUUUUAGCGUGUCCUCGCCUCGCGCGUUGCCCUUUUCCUUUCCCCCCUCUGCCUCCUCAAUUGGCGCCUGGGGCGCCCAGUGCAUUCCGGGGCUGCGGGUUGGCCGUUGGCCGCCCGGUCCUGCGAGCCGCUCCCGUAGGGGGCCGCUUCUGGCCCGCACCGUCGCUGGCGCCUGCGUGUCUCCUGGCGGCCAUGCCGCGUCCGCACAGCUUAGUUAUGUGGUCUCCUAGUUUCUGGUGUGCGUUGCUCGCCCAGUUUCCUCGCGUCUUGAGUUGGCGCUUCGCUUUUACAGGUCCUCACUUGCAUAUCAUACUGUGUGCUGUAAUUCGUUGGCGUGCAGGCUUGCGUGGUGACUCACGGAGCUACGCCUCUCAGAUGCAACCGCCGUUUUUUGCGCCAGUGCUUGAGAGG